CAGACCAGGGGAUGCUCUGAGCUCAGCUUCAGGAUGAAAAGGAAACGCAAAGGGAGACCCUCCCGGUGGAACUCGACAAUGUCGCUCUCGGCGCGGCCCCAGCGACGCAGCCUGGCCGUCAGGAUCAAUAGGAGCCAGUCGUUUGCAGGCGUCAAUUCUACCCAGGACAAAGGCUACAGGAACUACCCUGCAUUCACCCCGACUGUCUCCCGGAAAGCUAGCUCCAGAGUCAGUAGGAUGUUUUCAAUGUCUCACAAAUCACCUCCACCCAAGGUGCCCCAGCCAGAGCGACUUGAUGAGGUAUACGAAGCUCUCAAGAAAGGAAUAACUGCUUACGUGGAGGUGCACCAGCUCGAGCUGGAAAAACUGAGCAUCCAAAUCCGUGAGUCCAAGAGGAAUUCUCGCUUGGGCUUCCUCUACGACCUUGAUAAGCAAGUCAAGUCAAUUGAGCGGUUCCUGCGCCGACUGGAAUUCCAUGCUAGCAAGAUAGAUGAGCUCUACGAAGCCUAUUGCAUCCAACGACGGCUCCGGGAUGGUGCCCAUAACAUGGUCAAGGCCUACACAGCUGCCUCACCUGGAAGCAAGGAAGCCCGUGAGAGUUUGGCUGAAGCCAGCAAAGGUUAUAAAGAAUAUACAGAGAACAUGUGCCUGUUGGAGAGUGAACUGGAGGGUCACCUGGGAGAGUUCCAUAUCAAGAUGAAAGGACUGGCCGGCUUUGCUAGACUCUGCGCUGGGGACCAAUAUGAGAUCUUCAUGAGGUACGGACGCCAGCGAUGGAAGUUGCGCGGACGUAUUGAAGCCAACAACAAACAAGUGUGGGACAGCGAGGAGAUGGUCUUCCUCCCCCUCAUCACAGAAUUCUUGUCCAUCAAGGUGACAGAGCUCAAGAGCCUGGCCAGUCAUGUUGUCGUGGGGAACGUCUCUUGUGAAACCAAGGAUCUGUUUGCAGCUCUUCCCCAGGUGGUGGCUGUGGACAUCAAUGACUUGGGCACCAUCAAGCUGAGCCUGGAGGUCAACUGGAACCCCUUCGACAAGGAAGACCAGCCAUCUGCAAGCACCAUGAACAAGACUUCCACGGUCAACAAGAGACUCUCCAUGUACAACCAGAGCCCGCCUGACACGCCCUCAAUGCGUGAACAGGCCUUUUAUAAUAUGCUGCGGCAACAGGAGGAGUUGGAGAACGGGGCGGCCUGGUCCAUAUCUUCAGAGUCGUCCGACGAUUCUUCCAGCCCGCAGCUGUCCGGAAGCUCCCGCCACAUGUCUCCCCGACCUGUCGUGCAACCCGCGGUGCAAGCCGCCGCGCCCGCCAUAGAAAUUGCCUUUACGCAGCCCGAGGACAAAGAGCCAUCAGCUCUGCAGGAGGAGGUGGCGAUGGUAGCCAACGGCCACGUGCCCUACGCCCGGACUCUUAGCCAGAUCAGCGAGGCCAGUGUGGACCUGCCGGUUGCAGAGGACAGAGAAUGCGCUGUCCCUCAAGAGAGAAGUCCUGGGGUCUUCCCGGGAAUGAACUUUUUGGCCCAAGGCACGGCCUCCAUGCUCGACACCCGGAUUGGCGAGUGUGAGGAGGAGGAGGAGGAGGAGACCGAGUUUGCCGGGGCAGCUAGUGUGGCAGUGGAGAAAAAUGAGGACAUUGUUAGUCAGAGCCAGGAAGCUCCAGAGCCUAAACCCUCAUUGACUGAGCCCAAGCCUGACUCAAUGGAUCUGCAGCCAGUGGGAGUCUUGGAGAUGCCAAGACCCAAAGCUGUAGAUUGUGGACUCGAGGAGGCUAUUGGCGUUCUGGCCUCAGCUCUGGAUGACUACCGGGGACAGUUCCCUGAGCUACAGACCCUGGAGCAGGAGCUGAAGCAUCUAGAAAUGAUUCUCUUGCAAAAGCAAGGGAGAUGCCUGAGCCGGGCUUCCAGCACCAGCCUGACGGUGGAACACGCGCUGGAAAGCUUCAGCUUCCUCAAUGCUGCUGAGACAGAUGAUUCGGAGGGAGACGAAGAAGGGCGAGCCAGUAGUGCACAGCCUGUGCCUUUGAACAGGGUACCAGGAUCUGGUGAUGCUGCUGGCGAAGAAACAGCAGGGUGCUUUCCCUCAGAGAGCAGUCCGGAACCCAUGAGCACGGGCAGCGAGUUCCUCGACAGGGCCGUGGUUCUGCAUUUGAAUUACUGCAAUGGCCUGCUGCUGAAACUUGGCAAUUUUGGACCACUGCGCUGCCGGGAAAUGUAUGCGCUCGACAGGCUGGCUAGGGAAGCUCAAGUCCUGGAGAUGGUCUGCCGCCUGGUGGAAGAACGGUCAGGGACAGCCAAUUCUGCUGAGGAAGUGGUUCAGUACUCCACACGGAAGGAGGGGGUGUUACCCUUCUGGGAUAGCUGCGUGAGCAUCCCUAAUGUGUAUACCUGCCCUGUGGAGCGGUUCCUAAAGACACUAAGCUCUCAAUACAUGGCACGAAUCAACGAACGGCAGCAAGGCCUGGCAGAUGCAGUGGGCGUGAAACUGGUGGAAGAGCUUCUGCAGCGCAGGCUGCCCAGGCGCCAGGGAGGCUGCCAAGCAGAGCAGGUGACCGUCUUCCAGUACUGGAGCCACUUCGAGACUCUGCCCACGUCAACGCUGGACUCCUACAUCUUGGAGUUGGCAGAGGAAGUGCUGCUAGCCCAGAACCUGAACUCUGACGACCAGGAUGUGGUCCUGAAGGCUUUGAAGCGCAUGCCUGAGAGCCGGCUCCGCAAGGAUGGGCUGAAGGCAUUGAGCCUCCUGCUUGUGGAAGGAAACAGCAAAGUCGUUGGGGCCGUGUCAGCGCAACUGCGUACCUUGUCGGAGAACCCUGGCUUCCGGGAGAGGGCCCUGGUGAGUUACCUUGAACAGCUGGAGGACGAAGAAGUGCAAACACGAAUUGCUGCUUGUGCAGCUUUGGGCUGCCUUAAGGCCAAGGAGAGUAUUGAGCAGCUGGUGUACGUGUGCCAAACUGAUAAGGAGACUGUGCGGGAAGCAGCCAAACAGAGCUUGAUGCUGUGUGGGGAAGAUGGAAAAUCCGCUCACCGACGGCUGGAAGAAUCCCUCGAUAGCCUGCCACGGAUCUUUGCCCCGGGCGGCAUGGCCAGCACUGCGUUCUGAAGGACUGCUGCGCUUGACUACCUGUGGAUCUGUUCAGGACUCAGAACCUUGCAUGCCGUAACAUCAAUUGUGUCAUGCAGGCUCGGGGCCAAGCCGGCGUGCCAAUGGCUGGGCAGUUCCUUGCCCCUCCAGCAUGCCUACACAGCCCCGCAUGCUGCCUUAUGCGGAGGAUGCCUUUUGGGUAGGACCUCCCCCCCACUCCAUUGGUUGCUGCAAUCGCAGAGUUGACUUGAGCACAGGAUGGUUGAAACAGUUCCUUGUGACCUGGAUUUUCUAUAGAGGCCUGCUGGGUUGGGAGGGAACGAGAAUUUGGGUGCUGUGUUGUUAGCUGGGGGUCUGGCACCCUGCAGCUGCAGAGAAGCUAUUGUGUGUAUGUGUUGUUAGCUCUGCCAUCUCCUUUUGAGCACAUUCAGCUCCCACUUCGACAGGUGGGGGGCAUUUUUCUGCUAUCAGUGGCUUGCCCCCCCCCCCCCCCCGAACAGCAAGUUCCUCUGUUCUGAAGUGGGCUGGGAGAGUACUAAAGUUAUAGAAGGAGGAGUUAUGGGAGGAGAGAAAAGGGAAAGGUUGUUUUUAAUGAAUGGUGCCAUGGAAAACAAGACGUGGAUAGGCCAAUUCUGCCUCCUUUGAGGCUUUUAUUAUUUUUAUUUACAAUUUGGGGGGGAAGUGCAAACAAAUGAAAGCGAAAGUCCCUUUUCUAUUAAAAAAGAAUCCUCUAUAAAUUAAUCUAUAUAUCUACACAGAUAUAUAAAUAUAUUAAAUAUAUAUAUAUGUAUGUAUGUAAUGUAAUUACUGAGAGUUCUUGGCUAAUUUUUGAUUUGAAGCCUGAAAUAAAAAGUUUGAGAAAGUC